CAAGUUUUCCGUGUAAUUUAGUUCAGAAAUGAGAAGUCACAUUGCCAUUUACCGCCAAUUGUUUGGCGAAGUUCUUUCUUUCUUUUGCAGAAAAUGAGAUUGGCUUUAGGGCAAGUUCUCUAUAAACAGCUUAGAAAUGCAGCAACAACUUCGGAAGAGAAGAAGGAGGACAAGGACUCGUGGGUAGUUGUCAUCCAACAAAAUUUCGAGUUGUAUAACCCAUCUGCAUAUCACACAAAGUUGGCGAAGAGGUCCAUCUACAAAUGGCCUAACGACCUUGUCGUUGCAUCAGACUUCAUCUGGUAUCACACCCCUCAAUUGGCAUCCUUUGGUCCUUACCACCAUGGGAAGAAGCACUUACAGCCCAUGGAGCAUCACAAGGAAAGGGCUCUAUAUAGGAUCCUAAAGAGGAGCAAGGCUUCACUCUCUAAUUUUGUGAACUCCUUGAGGCAAGUAGAGCAAGAACUUAGUGACAGCUAUGAUGAUCUGGAUCACCAAUUGUCGUCAUAUCCGUUUCUAAAAAUGAUGCUGCUUGAUGGAUGCUUCAUCCUUGAACUCCUACUUAGUGAUGGCCAGCCAAAUGAAAAUAGUUCCGACACCUAUGAGCCCAUCUUCAGAACAGACGGGAAGCUCACAAAUACUGUGGCUUUUCAAGACAUGUUGUUGCUAGAAAACCAAAUCCCACUCCUUGUCCUAAGAAAAUUGUUAGAGGUGGUGGAGAGGAGAGAGAUCAAAGAUGAUGCAUAUCUCGAUUGCUUGAUCUGCAAUUUUUAUGAAUUCAAAUCCAUGCCCAUUGACAGACCUGGUUUACAUGUUUUAGAUGUUUACAGGAAGUGCUUGAUAAUGGACAGCACAACGGAAGAACAGACAACCCCUUCUGUAGGCUUUAUCAAGUCUGUUUUCUUGCAAUGUGAACCAUGGCUGUAUGCCAUCAGCCAAGGAAUUAAGCGUAUUCUUCUCGCCAUCCCCAUCUUGGUCUUUAGGCUCUUAAGCAAACAAAUUUCCAAACCAGGAAACAUGCGAUCAGCAAUGAGGUUUCACGAAGCAGGCAUUGAGUUCAAAAAAGGGAACAAUAGCGGGCUAAAAAUUUCUUUUGAUGAAAAACACGGGGUGCUCACUCUUCCAUACAUCAGCAUAGAAGACCACACCGCAGCAAUUUACAUGAACUUGAUGGCCUUCGAACGGAUGCACCCAAAAAUUCAAAAUCAUGAGGUGACAACAUAUAUCUCCUUCAUGGACGACUUGAUAGACACUGCUGAGGACGUUAGUCUGCUGUGCUCUCGAGGGAUCGUAAGGAACCUUCUUGGCAGUGACGAGGAUGCUGCCAAAGUCUUCAACAAGUUGGGCGAUGGCAUGACAUUCACCCCAGAUGAAGAACUCUAUGAAGAUUUGCAGUCUUAUGUUGCCUCAGACUGGAAUGCGGCAAGAGCAUAUUUGAAGCGAAACUACUUCCAAAACCCAUGGUCUAUUCUGUCUCUACUUGCGGCCAUUGCCUUACUGCUUUUAACAUUUAUUCAGACACUAUUUUCUGUGUUGGCGGUGACGAAGGGCAAGUGAUAUUAUCUAUUCCUAA